CUCUCUCCUCACCUCUCUCUCUCUGGCUGUGCGCUCUGCUUUGCCCUACUGUCCACUUUUUUCUUUAAUUCUCUCCUUCUUGGCCUUGCUUUUACUUUUCUUCCUCACUAUUUUAUUUGUAACUUUCGCCAGAAAAUUUGCUCCUUUUCCUCUCCUCUUCAUCUUUUUCCCUGUCCCUCCAAACUUUGGUGUUCUUGUGAAUCCGCUUUCUUCCUUUCUUCAGUGCUUGAAUUGGAGUUGCUUUCACUCUCACGAGCCUAAAAUGCCAGCCACUUCUAACCAGAUUCCCCGAAUUUAUGGGCUCUUGUGUUCCCAUCUGAUGAAACCCACUUCCAGAUUCUUACUUUCCUGAUAAAAAUUUGAGAAUCCGAACGACCUCCGUAACUUCCACCGGUUCUUUCAGCAAAAUGCAACUUGACUGGGGGCUUCAGCUCUGCUGCUAACGGCUAUUUAUGAGCUCCCAUGAAACCCAUUGCUCUCGUUCAGCUUCAUUUCAGGAACAUGAAGUUCGGUGGAGGUUACUCAAUUUAAUUUGCAGGUUCUGUGAGUUAUAGUGAACAACUCUCCAUGAAGUUCUAUUCAACUUCAUUGCAACCUUUCCUUUUGGGUAUGGUCAUUCUUUUUCCUCUGGCUAUUGCUGACUUAAAUUCAGAUAAGCAAGCCCUUCUUACUUUUGCCAAUGCUAUCCCCCAUCGCCGGCACCUUAAGUGGGAUCCAUCCACCUCUGUCUGUAAGUCUUGGGUUGGCAUCACUUGCAAUCCAAAUGGCACUCACGUUGUUUCUGUCAGGCUCCCUGGGAUUGGACUUGUUGGAUCCAUCCCGACUAAUACACUUGGAAAGCUUGACAACCUUAGAACUAUAAGCCUUCGAUCCAACCUAGUCAGUGGAAGUUUACCUGCUGAUAUUACUUCUCUUCCUUCUCUUCAGUAUCUCUACCUCCAGCACAAUAACCUUUCAGGUGAUAUACCUGCCUCAUUUUCAUCCCAACUAAAUGUACUUGAUCUGUCUUAUAAUUCUUUCACCGGUGUAAUUCCAGAGACAUUACAAAAUUUAACAGGACUGACUAGAUUAUACCUGCAGAACAACACCCUUUCUGGACCGAUACCUGAUCUCAAUGCCCCUAAGCUCAAGCUUUUGAACUUAAGUUACAACCAAUUGAAUGGCUCUAUCCCGACUGCUCUUCAGAAAUUUCCUAAUUCAUCCUUUGAAGGGAAUUCUCACUUAUGUGGGAAACCUCUAAAACCUUGCUUUCUGUCCCCCCCACCUCCUCCAGCCACACCAUUGGCUCCAGGAAAACAAAGCUCCAAAAAUAAAUUAAGUAAAGUAGCUAUCAUUGCAAUCGCUGUUGGAGGAGCUGUUCUGCUGUUACUUAUAGCUCUUGUUAUUCUUCUCUGCUGUUUAAAAAAGAAAGAUGAUGGAAGAUCCAGUGUAAUUAAAGGGAAGGGUCCUAGUGCUGGGAGGGGUGAGAAGCCAAAAGAAGAGUUUGGCAGUGGGGUGCAAGAACCGGAGAAAAACAAGCUGGUUUUCUUUGAGGGCUGUUCUUAUAAUUUUGAUCUUGAGGAUUUGCUAAGAGCUUCAGCUGAAGUCCUGGGAAAGGGUAGCUAUGGUACUGCAUAUAAGGCUGUAUUGGAGGAGUCUACUACUGUUGUGGUGAAAAGGUUGAAAGAAGUAGUGGUGGGGAAGAGAGACUUCGAACAGCAGAUGGAGACUGUGGGAAGGGUUGGCCAGCAUCCAAAUGUUGUACCCCUUCGUGCUUAUUAUUACUCAAAGGAUGAGAAGCUUUUAGUCUAUGACUAUAUCCCAGGGGGCAACCUGUCGACCCUAUUACAUGGUAGCAGGUCAGGUGGAAGAGCUCCGUUAGAUUGGGAUUCCCGACUGAAGGUCUCCCUAGGAGCUGCCCGAGGAAUUGCCCACAUACAUUCUGUUGGGGGUCCAAAAUUCACUCAUGGAAAUAUCAAGUCCUCAAAUGUCCUCAUCCAAGAUAAUGAAGCCUGCAUUUCUGAUUUUGGCUUGACCCCACUCAUGAAUGUUCCAGCAGCCCCCUCCAGAGCUGCAGGUUAUCGUGCUCCCGAGGUGAUCGAGACACGUAAACACACUCAUAAAUCAGAUGUGUACAGCUUUGGUGUCCUCCUCCUGGAAAUGCUUACAGGGAAAGCACCUCUCCAGUCACCAGGCCGUGAUGAUAUGGUUGAUCUCCCUAGAUGGGUUCACUCUGUUGUUAGGGAGGAAUGGACAGCUGAGGUUUUUGAUGUGGAGCUAAUGAGGUAUCAAAACAUCGAAGAAGAAAUGGUUCAGAUGUUGCAAAUUGCCAUGGCAUGUGUGGCAAAGGUGCCGGAUAUGCGACCUACCAUGGAUGAAGUAGUGAGAAUGAUCGAAGAGAUCCGGCAAUCUGACUCAGAGAACCGGCCAUCUUCGGAAGAGAAUAAAUCCAAGGACUCCAACGUUCAAACUCCAUAAAUUACUUUCUGGUGUUCCUUGGUGGUUCCAAACAAAAUUGAUUUCUAGACAUUCGUUACUUAGGAAGCUACAUUGAGUGGUAUAUAAGUGUGGGUGCUUACUCAGGUUUCUAAGUUGUAUCCAAACCUUUCCUGUCCAAUUGUGCAUUAUUUAUUUUUCUUCGCUGACGGAGUUCCUUGGGGUGUUCUGUUCAAAAUGUAGGUUUUUCCCCUUGUCUUUUCAUGAUUUCUUGUAACAUCAUGGGUUUAAUUGAUGAUCUUCAUUCUCGCAAA